AUGACAUUACCAAGCUCUCAGCAUCUUGGCUCAUCGUUUUCUACGCAUGGUUUCGAUCGAAGACUUGCGCCCGAACGGCGCUACGGCCCCAGACCAGUAGAGGCGAAAAGAUCUCGAGGUAGAGCACCACUCCGCUGUUCCAACCAGAUCAAGGCCAUACCUCUUCUAUUACCAACGCGCUGCAACAGGCCUGGCGGAAAC